AGGAGUGCUGGGGAUUCUGGGCUGUUUUGCCCCCAGGAGGGGUGGCUUUGUGCAGCUUCAUCUCCCUAGUCUGGCUGGAGGAGUGGCCCAUGGCUACAGAUUGGAACCAAGUGUAUGAAACAGAGCCCCACUCAAUCUGUCACUAAGAAAUAAUGCUGGCCAGGACUAGGGUGAUGGCAGAAAGAAAUGGAAGGAUUCAAGAAUCACCAGGAACUGGAUGUGAGGGGAGAAGCAGAGAGAGGAACCAGUAAUGAAGCCCAGACUUCUUGCUUGGACCGCUGGGCAGAUCUUUUCCCAGCGUAGUACAGACAGCCAUCCCCACUCCCACACACCUCACCUGGAGAAGUUUACGAGGACAUGGCUAAGCUAAACGAAGCAGAUGAAAAGAGCGACCUUCGACCAGUCCCGGACAAUCAAGAAGUUUUCUGCCAUCGCGUGACAGACCAGAGCCUGAUCGUGGAACUUCUGGAGCUGCAAGCCCACGUGCAGGGAGAAGAGGCUGCUCGGUACCACUUUGAGGAUGUUGCUGGGGUGCAGGAGGCUAGAGCUGUACAAGUGGAGGCUGUGCAGCCCCUCCCUUUGGAGAACCUGGCCCUGAGGGGCUGCUGUCAAGAAGCCUGGAUCCUCUCUGGCAAGCAGCAGGUAGCGAAAGAAAACCAGCAGGUAGCAAAGUAUGUGACAUUGCACCAGGCCUUGCUGCGGCUGACCCAAUACCAGACUGACCUCUUGCUCACCUUCAAUCAGCCCCCCCCUGAGAAUAGGUCAUCUCUUGGCCCUGAAAAUUUGUCACUUCUGCCCUGGAGCCUGGGUGACUUUGAACAGCUGGUGACCAGUCUGACCCUUCACGAUCCCAACAUCUUUAGUCCCCAAUAAGGAAACUGAAAUGCUGCAUGAUCAUGAUGCUGCUGAAGACCUGGGGCCCCUAUUCUGCAAGGGGAGCAAGGGGUUGGAUAUAGUCCCCUAAUUCCUUCCCAGUACAUAAACAUAAGACACCUCCUCUCUGCAGAAAUAAACUUGCUUUAUAUCCAA